AAAAUAAAAAAUUCGUCCGUCAUGGAGGAGGGAAACAUCGAAGAUGCCAAUAGCCCUAUUCAUUGUGACCUAUGUAAUGAACCUAAUCCGCCAUUACACUGUGAAGAAUGUCAAUGCAAUGUAUGCUUAGCUUGCGUGGGCAAACACCUGUCCGAGUUAUCCAAAGAUCACAAAGUUGUUGCAUAUCAAAAGCAGGGAUCAAUUCCUAAAUAUAUAAAAUGUCAAAGUCACGCAAGUGAGCGUUGUGAACUCCACUGUCAGAGAUGUGACUUACCAGUUUGUAACACUUGUCUUUUGUCCAACGCUCAUAAAGGUCACACUCUGACUGAACUAAUGGAAGUAAUUAGGUCAAAGAAAGAGGUCAUUGAGAAGGAUUUUGAAGAAAUACAACAAAUCACGUAUCCUAAAUACGAGGAAAUUCUAAUCCAAUUAAAAUCUGACCAAUUAAAUGUAGACUCCUAUUUUGAAGAUCUAACAGAAAAGAUUACCAAACAGGGACAGGAAUGGCAUGUGGAAGUUGACAGACUUGUCUCCAAACUACAUAAUGAUAUCUUAGCGAAGAAAAAAAAUCACAUUGCUUCCCUCCAGCGACAAGAAGAAGACAUCGCUAGCACAAUAUCUGAAAUUAAGCAAAGCAUUCAAGAUCUGAAAAGAAUUUUAGAUUUAGAAGACUUUUAUUCGACAGCCGUAUAUAAAUCAAAAAAUGCGGUAUUCAACAGAUUUCCAGAGAAGCUAUCUUUCCCGAGUUUUCAUCCAAAGAAAAUCGAUACAGGGCACUUAAGUAGACAAUUCGGUGUAUUUACGACCGAGAGUCGAUGUUCUUUCCAAUCCAACCUUUUAUUAAAGAGUUCAUAUACCAUUGAACAAUUUGAGUCUGGGCAUAGAUGGAUACGUGGCUUGGCCUGUUUGAGCGAAUAUGAGAUAUGGAUUAUUGGUAGUGAUAAUUCUUGGAGUUCUGAUAGUGAUAAGCGUAUGAAGCUUUUCACUACCAAAGGUGAACUACUUCGGUCAAUUAAAGCAAAUGACAAACCUGUUGCUAUAGCAGUAACAAAGAAAGGCGAUCUUAUGUAUGCUGAUGAUUAUGAAAAUAUAAACAUAGUGGAGGACAAUCAAAUAAAGGAAGUCAUAAGGUUGAAAGGAUGGAAAGUUCUAGAACUCUGCACCACCCUAUCUGGUGACCUCUUGGUUAUCAUGAACGAUGGCAAAAACUCGUCAAAAGUUGUACGUUACUGUGGCCCCACUGAGAUACAGACGAUACAGUUCAAUGACCAUGGUCAAUCUCUUUACUCUCCAGGUGGAAAGAAAUAUCUAGUAGAAAACAAGAACUUUGACAUAUGUGUUGCUGAUCAUGACGCCCAUGCCGUAGUAGUGGUAAAUCAGGAUGGAAAGCUUAGAUAUAGGUACACCGGUGAGACUGCCUCUGAAAAAUCGUUUGACCCAAAUGGCAUUGCUACGGACAGUCAGAGUCGGAUUAUAAUCGGAACAGAUAAAGACUGCAAUAUACAUGUACUAGACCAGGAAGGACAGUUUCUUAGCCAGAUAUAUAUGCGUGUGUAUAGCCCGAAAGGUUUCUGUGUCGAUGCAAACGACAGCCUUUAUGUUGCCGACUACGAAAAAAUUUAUAAAAUUAGAUAUUGUUCGUGA